GACGCUGACCAAGUUCACACCUUUGUCCGUGCAUGAAGACGAGUUUCGACUCGACAGUCUGUCUAUCAUGCAACAGAGUCACGACCCAAUUGUCAGGACACCUACCUUGCAUAAGUUUUGGGAGGGAUUCGGCGAAUUCCCCCCGUAUUAUUUCGUUCGGGUGGAGGAAGUGAUGUUUUGGGAGGUGAUCAAGAAACAGCUCUUCGGGAAGGAUCGCAUUGUGAUAGUAGGCUCACCAGGAGUCGGAAAGUUUUGCUUUCUCAUGCUUAUUGCAUUUUACCUGGCGUGCAUCAAGAGGAAGAAGUUGGUUGUCAUACGUCGCUUGAAAGAACUCAAUCUUAAGAACGCGGUGGUGUUUUUCGAUGGCCAAGGAUCGUACGCACGACUAACAAAUCUCUCACCGAUUGAUAUCGUGGCCAUCCGUGACCAAGUAACUCCCAAGUCGGUCGAGGGUGAGGUCGACGAAAAGGAGGCGCCAAUUGUUCUGGUUGAUGGUUUUAACCAGGCAGAAGUGAACGACACGAAGAACGAGUAUGCUCCUUUUCAUUUCCUUGCAACAUCGUGUCAGUUUGAUGUGAAACAUGACGACCGCUCACGCCUUGUGGUUUUGCCGGCGUGGCGUGAUGCCGACCUGUUGCAGUACGCGAAGUUAAUGAACUGGGUUAUCGAAACUGGUCUGCGCCAGAUCAAGCAGCAGGAUACACCAUUUCCAAAACUUGUUAAGGAGCAGUACUUCUAUAGUGGCGGCAGUUUGCUCGAGUUCUGUAAAACACGGAGCUCGCUUGAAGAGCGUGUAGUGAGAGAAUGCCGUGCCGUGGAAAAUGAUCAAGCGUUUGAGUUGGUGUACAACUAUGUCGAUGGUGGAAGCUAUCUGUGGAUUCCGGAUAUGUGCUGA